CGAACGCAUGGUUAGCGCGCAAUGGUGUCCGCGGUCGUUCCCAAGACCACAACAGUCGGAGUAGCAUAAGCCCAAGCUAAAGUUAUCAAAAGUUGAUUGUUCGUAGUGGAAUAUAGAGAAAUAACGUGCUGUUGAAAAAAGAAAGAUUUUUUAAGGCAACUGAUUAGCUGUUGCUUUUCCCGUAACAGCAGCAUCGGAGCUAAAAAGAACUCACAAGAACCAGCUUUCACGGGGUCAACCCCUGGUGUCAUAGAGUCGUCGGGCCCUUUCACAGAUUGCUCUCACUUUCGCGCCUGGUCCAUCCCAUCCAACGGCUGCCAUCAAAAUCGACGUGAUCUCUGAUCCUGGGCCGGCAACAUUCCGCUAACAAACGAUCUCCCGCAACAUGGGGUGCGACUGUGAAUCAUGCAUAGCGAAAACGCUACUGUCCGUGUUCAAUUUUCUAUUCUUUGUCCUAGGAACGAUCGUACUCGGCGUAGGAGUAUGGCUGGCGACGGAUAAGACCUCUUUCAUUGCGCUGCUGAAAAUGGUCGAAAACGAUCAGCUCGAGCAUUUCACGCAACCAGCAGUUAUUGAGCAAUUAGCUUAUCUGUUGAUAGUAAUCGGAUCGGUGAUGUUCUUCCUCAGCUUCCUCGGAUAUUGUGGAGCGAUACGGGAAAGCCAGUGCCUUCUGACGACGUAUGGUCUGUUUCUGCUGGUAAUUCUGGUGGCUGAAGUAACGGCUUUCGGGCUUGCAGCCGCUUACAAGGAUCGCGCUCGUACCGAAACCAAAAAUUACCUCCAAACGACGAUCUCCAACUACUACACCAGCAACGAUCGUAAUCAAUCCGACGCUGUCACGCUAAUGUGGAAUUACAUGAUGUCGGAGUUGCAUUGCUGCGGCGUUGAUGAUUAUCGGGAUUUCGCUCUGUCGGAAAAGUGGAAUGAAAGCAAGCGUGACAAAGUUAUUCCGGUGUCCUGCUGCGUACAAACAUCACUAUUCCUGCCAGAGGACACAAACUGUCCUUACUCGCCAACUGAAUCCAACAGCUACUUCAAGAAAGGUUGUUACAAUGCGCUCACCGAUUGGAUUAUGUACAACCGAAACUUAGUGAUCAUAAUUGCCAUAGGCGUUGGUUUGACGCAACUUGUGGCAAUUUUCCUGGCAUUCUGUCUCUGUAAAUCCAUUGAAAAAUAUCGAGGAAUGCGUUUGUAGAUCACAUGUUUAGAAGGCAUGUUUAGAUGCGACAGUGGCGUACAAGAUCAUCCUCACAUUUUUGCACAACAGACAAACACACGCCGAAGCAUGAACGCAUUCAUCGUUCGACGCUCGACGGAAGUCAAAUCAUCACAGCAUAAAACUGCAUCGAUUGCAACAGAAAAGUGCACUUUUGUCGACGAAGUUAACACAAGUAGACCGUUUUAUGCGAUCUCCGCUGCCGUUUGCGGCCAUGAUCGUCUGGGAAUCUCGUAGAUUGUUAUCGUUCACCCACAUUUGAGGGAACCAUGUCCAGCUUAAAUGUAUAUCUCUAUGCAUGUAUUGCAUGCAUGUGUUUUACUAUACCAGAAGGGCCAGAACAUCUGCCGUACCGUAGAAACUAAAAUGAAUGAAAAUAAAUUUCGCAGUGGAGCCCGUUCAAUAUAUCCAUGCUUUCGUUGAAACGCAAAUCACUUUCUGUAACAACUGCGAAUUAUUUCGACGGUAGGAUUCAGGUUCUAUAAUCUUCAUGCUUUCUUUUUCCAAUUCUUUCUCUUGUUGGCAACGAGAAGAUUGUUUUCCAUAAUUAUACUCUCUUUGUUAAAUUACAUGUUUUUAAGUGACAUAAAGUAAAAUGUA